AUGUAUUUUUUCCAGAUGACAAUGGUGAACAGCUUAGUGAAGCUGGAGAAAAAAGCGGAGGAGAAGGAGGAGUAUAUAAAGCUGCUGAAGGAGAGAUUAGGAAACCAGAAGGUCCCUGACCACCAGGAAGAGGAGGAGGACGAGGAGGACGAAGAGGAUGGACAAGAGUCGAUGGAUCAUGAGAAUGAAGAACUUCUGGCUCCUGAGCAGGAGAUGAAGGGGGAGGUGGAGGACCGGGCUAAGUACGGCUGCUCUCUCUGCGAUUUUGAUACCGAGGUUGAGGAGGAGAUUAAACUACACAUGGAUUCACAUGAGAUCUGUAUGGUUUUCAGCUGUAAACAUUGUAGUUAUCAGGCCGCGAGCAAAUCCUCUCUCCGGUUCCAUUUAACCGAGUCCCAUGAAGAGCUUUGUUAUAAAUGUAAGAAAUGUGAUUAUAAAUCCACCACAUACGGAGCACUCGCCCGGCACAUGAGAUCGAUUCACAUCGGAGAGAAGUUUCCCUGUAACUUAUGUGACUACGAGGCAACACAGAAAAGUAAUUUGAAAACGCACAUUACAAGGGUGCAUGGUAUGCAGAAUAAUGUGUGUAAGUUCUGUAAAACUGAACUUGACAACAGAAUUGAUCUGGAGAAUCAUGUUAUAUCUGUACAUGAAAAGGAUUUUCAAGUGUGUACAUAUGAAAACUGUUUGUACAGAGCUAAAACAAAGUAUGGUCUCCAGCUGCAUAAGGAGAAGGUUCACCUGGGUCGAAGAUACGUGUGUGAUGAAUGUAACUACGUCGCCACACAGAAGUGCCAUCUCAAGGUGCAUGUUAAGACAGUACAUGAGGGUCGGAGCUUUCCCUGUCAUCUCUGCGAUCAUGUUGCGUCUUAUAAAAACAAUCUAAAACGACACAUCACAGCCAUACACUCCGUGGGUGGAAUCAGUUUAGAUGAGCAAUAACCGGACGAUGUAGAGUGUAAAUGGACUUGACAUUCUACAACAUUAACUUGGGCAUAUACUAUCAGAGAAAUUUCUAUUAAUAAAUGUGAUUUUCAAUCUGCCGGCCAUCUCAUUCUCGACAUUAUUGUAAACUACUUAUUUUACCCAUGCAAUGUCUUUGAUAAUGCUUUAAGUCGUCAUAGUAACGCAAUUUAAAAUUACGUUUAGCAUCUUUUUUUAAAUCAAUUUUCACCUAUGUUCAACUUUAAAUACCGGUUUAUCAUAUUUUUUAAGUUGUUAUCGUACUGUAAAGUUAUCUUGUUUGUAAAAAAUACCCUGUGGACUUAGUUUUAAAGCUUUAUGCUAGUUUUGAUUUAAAAUUCACUCUGUUACAUUAGUUAUUGUUUGCUGUAAAUUUGUAAUUUUAAAAUACUUCUUGAUCCGAAGCAUGAAAUGCAUCGGAAUAAAUGAUUUUCCGAAACCUCAUUUUUAAUAAUUGUUGACGCCGCAGAAAAAUCCUCCAGACAAGGGCGUAUGCAGGGAGGGGCAGUGCCUCCACUAGUCCUCUAAAUUGGGGGCGUAGCCCCCCGUUCCUAGAACUCAGAGCUAUAACCCACUUUUCAAAUCUUAAGUUGAGGAGUGAAGAACAUACCAAAAAUAGUUUGCAGUGCUGUAACCUAAUUUUCCCUUUUAAGUACAAAGAGAUAUGUUUGAAGGAGAGGUGAAAUAGUACUUGCAAGGUGAUAGAACUGUAUGUGUACCUUGUGCCUGAUAUCCAAGAAGCCAAAUGUUCUGAAUUUACAGUUCAAACUUGGAAAAACUUAGAAAGGAUUGUCCAAUUCACAAUGAUUAACUAUCAACAGGGUGGCUCUGGUGGUUUCGCCCCCCCCCCCCCCCCUCUCGUACAAAUUCCUGUAUAGUGUAUACGCCCCUUUCUGUCAACCGUACACCUCGUUAAAAUUUAUUAUUUUCAUUUG